CCCACACCCACGCACCAAAAACUACCUUCUGUCUUCUAUCUCUACAAUCAUGCCCCCUCUUCCUCCUCAGAUUCUCUAUCUCCUUCCUCUUCUUCUUCUUCUCUUCAUUUCUUCAUCUUCUGCAAGAACCAAUCCAUCUUCAUUUCAUCAUUCCAAAUCUUUGGUAAAAACAAGCCAUCAACUCAUCAGGGACCUCAAUUUGCAUCCAAAUCUUGAUGUUAACAUCGUUAAAUCCUACACCAAUUCUUCUUAUCUUGACCUCGACAAAGUUACGCAAUCUGGGAUCGUCGAGAAACGGUUAUCUCUCUCGGUUCUUGGUGAUUCUGGUGCCACUGUUCAUGAUCUUGCUCAACAUGCUGGAUAUUAUCGCAUCGAACAUACGGUUGAUGCCCGGAUGUUCUAUUUCUUCUUUGAAUCAAGAAAGGCUAAAACUGAUCCAGUAGUUAUAUGGCUAACUGGAGGACCAGGGUGCAGCAGUGAAUUGGCUCUCUUCUAUGAAAAUGGCCCUUUUAAGGUUACCAACAACCUGUCUCUUGUCUGGAACGAUUAUGGCUGGGAUAAGGUUUCAAACUUGAUAUAUGUUGAUCAACCAACCGGAACCGGUUUCAGUUACAGUUCUAGUGAUCAAGACAUCCGCCACGAUGAAACUGGCGUGAGCAACGAUCUUUACUUCUUCUUGCAGGCGUUCUUCAAAGCGCACCCGGAUUACGUCAACAAUGAUUUCUACAUUACCGGAGAAUCAUAUGCAGGACACUACAUUCCGGCUUUCGCUGCUCGGGUUAACCAGGGGAACAAAAACAAAGAAGGGAUUCACAUAAACUUGAAGGGUUUUGGGAUUGGCAACGGGCUUACGGAUCCUGCAAUUCAGUAUAAAGCAUACACCGAUUACGCUUUGGCGAAUGACCUGAUUUCGCAAUCAGAUUACAGCCAAAUAAACCAACAAAUCCCAGAUUGUGAAGCGGCAAUCAAAGAAUGUGGUACAACAGGUACAACCUCAUGCGGAACCGCGUUGCAAACUUGUCAGCAAAUUUUGGAGGAUAUCCUGUAUAUAGCGGGCAACAUAAAUUACUAUGAUAUUAGGAAGCAAUGUGAGGGGAGUUUGUGCUAUGAUUUCUCAAACAUGGAAGAUUUUCUGGGCCAAUCAUCGGUAAAAACAGCAUUAGGCGUACCAAGCGACAUAGAUUUUGUUUCGUGUAGUGAGACAGUGCACGAGGCGAUGCUCGAUGACUGGAUGAGAGAUCUUGAAGUUGGGAUUCCAGCACUUUUGGAGGAGGGUAUCGAGUUGCUCGUAUAUGCUGGCGAAUACGACCUUAUCUGCAACUGGGUUGGGAAUUCGAGAUGGGUUGAUGCUAUGGCGUGGUCUGGACAGAAAGAUUUCGUUGCAGCUUCUAAUGUUUCAUUUACAGUAGACGGGAAAGAAGCUGGAAUUCUAAAAAACCACGGGCCGCUUACGUUCCUUAAGGUUCAUAACGCUGGACACAUGGUUCCUAUGGAUCAACCAAGUGCUGCAUUACAGAUGCUACAGCUUUGGACAACAGGAAAACUUACUCCACCAAACAAAAAGGGCAAGGUCACUCUACCAUGAUCACCUUCUUGAUCAAAAAGAUAUAUAGCCACCAAAAAGCCAUCAAAUUUACGAAAGAUUCUUCCAUGUAAUUGUUCAAAGGGUUUACUCUUUAUUGCAUAUUGUUCUUGUGAUAUAAAGAAAGAUUGAAAGAGUCGAGAUUUACUUGUAACUACACAGCAACUGAUUUCAGAUUGAAGUAACAGUGUUUAUGUAUAUGAAAAGAAACAGAAAGGCUUUCAUAAUCU